AUGAUGAAGUUGGAAGAGGCUGCUGUUGGGAUGAAAAGUGCCAACAAGCUGACUGCAACUAAGUUCCAAUACGGACGUGGUGGUGGAUAUGGACGUGGAUACCCUGGUGGUGGAUAUGGACGUGGUGGUGGUGGAUACGGACGUGGUGGUGGUGGAUACGGGCGUGGUGGUGGUGGUGGUGGAUAUGGACACGGUGGUGGUGGACAACGUGGAGGAUACUGCCGGUACGGUUGCUGCCGCCAUGAUUACAACGGUUGCUAUAAGUGUUGCUCCUACAAAGGUGAAGCAAUGGACAAAGUUACUCAAGGCAAACCACAAAAUUAA